AGAUGUCUAACCUUUUUGUAAAGCCUGACGCAUUAUUUAAGAUCCUUACUGAGCAGAGAAGUAUUGGACUGAAGCUUUUCUAUGUUGGAAUGGGAAGAUCUGCUGAGCAUAGCUUCUACACAAGAUCAUUACCUAGUGCAAACCUUUUGAAUCUGCACGAAUUUACUGAGAGCUCUCCAAAUUUAUUCACUACUCCAUCCCCAACUCUGUUCAACAUGAUGAUGAAGAAGCUUAACAUUCUUGAUGAGAGUGAUGUUGUCUUGUACAAUGGAAUCUCUACUGCGAAGGCAUGGUUCAUUAUGAAGUACUAUGGCCAUCCCUCCACUCGUAUCCUUUGAGGAGGAAUAAAGGAAUGGAACCAGAAGGGGUAUCCAACAACCAGUCACAAAACCCCGAUUGACUAUACUUCGAUUGCUCACGAUACUUUCACUGCGAAAGAGCCAAACGAAGAUAUGCUCAUCGAUUAUCAUGAAGUUUUACAGAAGAUAGGAAGAAAUGAAGUACAGAUCGUCGAUGUCAGGACUGAGGAUCAAUACUGAAGCAAAGAGCAUAACGGUAGAGGCCACAUUCCUGGAGCUGUCAAUAUCCCAUACUCUCAGUUCUAUGAUAAGAAUGGUUUUAUGAAGAAUAGAGAAGAGAUCAAUGAGCUAAUCACCUUAGUAGGUCUUGACAAGAGCAAAGAAACUAUUGCUUACUGCCAUGGAGGAGUUACAGCCUGAAUUGGAUACUCAGCAUUUGAUGAAGUUGGCUUUGACAAACUCAGAAUGUACGAUGGAAGUUGGGCUGAAUACAGCAGCAAGGAAGAAACCAGAGAACUCUAAUAAUUUUAUCGAUAUAAUAUAUUUCCUCGAG